AUGCCUCCCGGUCGGGCGAAAUCAUGGAGCUGUUCUCGAAAGCGUGCUUCCGUGUUCGCCGUGCUCCCAGCAGCGCAGGUGGCGCUCGUGGUGGCCGCGCUGUUGAGUCAUUCCGGAGCAUGGAUUGUGGUCGCGAGGGGUCAGACCAUUGCUCCAUCUCAAGGCACGUUCGCUUCGCCGCUCUCCGUGCUCCGCCGCGCCGCAUGGGGAGUCACAUUCAACCAAUGGCAGGAGGGGGGCGACUGUAGCCAGGCGGAUGGCCUCACAUGUGACAGUAACGGAAUGAUCAUGAGCAUGGCGCUGGAUGAGAUGGGGCUGUCAGGCUCGCUACCAACAUCCCUCGGAUCAUUUAUCAAUCUCUCCUACCUUAGUCUGUGGAGUAACUCGCUUACGGGGGAACUGCCUUCCACCAUCAGUGCACUGACGGCUCUCAGUGACAUUGUUCUCGGCUUCAACCAACUCACCGGGUCGCUACCGCAAGGCCUCUCCACACUUUCUCGUCUCUCCCGGCUUGCACUCGGCAGUAACCGCUUCGCCGGUUCUCUCCCCGAUUGGAUUGGCGGCCUGUCCCUCAUGGAAACACUGGACGUCAGCAGGAAUAACUUAUCCGGCCUCAUCCCUUCCUCGAUCGGCAGUCUCCUCAACCUCACCUUCCUGAGCCUUGAGUACAACGCCUUCACAGGCCCUCUUCCUGCCACCCUCGGUUCCCUCACCACCCUCGCGUACCUUAACGUAGACAACACGUCGCUCGUCUGCCCCACUACCCCAGCCUCCUGUGAGGUGCCUCAGGACCCCCUAUCCGUCUUCUGUGUCGACUGCGCCACCUUCUGCUCCCAGUGCUCUGCUGCGG